UUCUUCUCCGACAACUUCUCCCUCCUAGGUUUUUGUCUUUCCAUCAAGACAUGCAUGGUUACUUCUCUCACCAUUGAAAUUGUAUCUCAAAGUCGUAGUAUUACAUAGUCGCCAUUUCCGAGCACAAUUCUCUGAAACCGAAAGCUAACAUGGCUGAACCUGCAACGAAAGAGGAGAAGAUGAUACCAGACUGGACUAAGCUCCCUGAAGAGCUUCUUCAGAUUAUCACCCAUAAAAUGAACUGUUUCGAUGUUGUUCAUUCUCGCUCCGUCAGCACCUUGUGGCGAUCGGCAUUCCCAUAUCCGGCUUCCCUGCUGCGCUCAAGCUACUCUCUUCCCACUUAUCCUGUCGAAAAGGACGGCUUGUGCUCCCUCCACAAGAUCCCUUUCCUCCUCGCCAUUGAUGAGUCGGCUUCUGAGUUUUUCAUGGGAUUAGUAGGCCGAGACGAGUCUGCUGACUACAUGGAGGUGGUCCCAUCUCCUCUUCAGUGCUCGCUAAGGGUGAAGAUGCGAAAAUCUGAUCCAACAAUAUUGAUGAACGUGAUCGGCUCCCAGAUCGUAUCUCUAGGCCAUCAGUACACAAUGGUUUGUUGGGAUCCUAAAGGAUUGAGAACAACUUACAAAAACGCUGCUGCUAUUCUUCCGCUAGGAGGAGGAGAGUUCGUUGUGCUCCGUAUCUUCUCGGGAACUUUGUUCGUGUUAACAAGUACUAAAAGGAAGUGGGUGCGGCUUCGGGGCGUUCCAAGUUUUCGAUGCACUGCUUUAGUCACUUUUAGAGGAAGGUUCUAUGCUUCUUUCUUCUAUGACAAGGAAAUUCUAGCUAUCCAUCCUUAUUCGCUAGUAGCAGUUCGCCUGAUACCUCAAAACUUUACCUAUGAAAUCACUCAUCUGAUUCCAGCUGGUGAUGAUGAGCUUUUCCUGGUUAAGAAAAACAAACCUAAUAAUGGUUCUGUAACAUGUACAGUGAGUAGGCUGGUGGGUUUAGGAUGGGCCGAGGUCGAUGAUCUGGGAGACCGUGUGUUGUUUCUUGGACAAGAUCGUGCAAAUGUCUACUUCUCGGCUAACCAGCUUCCUGAUGGUUGUGGUGUGACCGGGAACUCGAUUUUGUUCUCCGCACGACCAGGCGUUGAAACCUACUUCUAUAAGUAUGGACCACCCGAAGUUCCAAAAAAAAACGUGGUGGGUGAAUGGAGAAUCUCAAGAGAAAGCCGUGUGAAAUUCAUUGAUUCUCAUGAGGCUUAUGCUUUCCGGGUUGAGUUUUGAAUUCUAUGUCUUGCUUUGGGUACUUUAGGACAUCUAUUGCUUUUGUUUUUGUUUUUGUUAGAUCAAAACAAACUUUUUCCUAUGAUUUUAGGUAUUGACGUGAUGUCUGGGGAAAAAUGUUUUGGGUGGCCUUUCUCUUAAUGAAGUUUCAGUUUGUCUUAUUUGCCUGGAGAAGU